GGGCUUAUCUCAAGCGCAAGUACAAUUGGCGCCCUCGUUUUGCGCGCCCUCUUCUGCAGCGUCCUGUCUGCCUUAUCAUUUUCACAAACACAUGGAGUGCACCCCCACAAGUAUAUAACACAACUCAGAAACUAAAUUAACGAACUAUGUCGUCGUCCACUUUGCAUUUGGCUUCAGCAGUAACCAGGGGAUGCCUGUAUGAGCGCAAUCCCAGAACUCCCAGUUUCAAAUCUCCUGCGUUUUCCAAUUCUCAUCCUUAUCGCUGCAAUUACAAUGCGGGAGAUGGCAAAUUGGCAAUGAACAAUGCAAGCUUCAAAACCAAACCCAAAACGCAGCGUCGUCGAUUCUUGUGCACUUCUCAGCUAGCAGAGUAUGCCCCAACUACUUCUACAGUCUACGGGUUCCUGCUCCUCAGCGGUGGUCUAUUUGCUUAUGCGAGAUCAGGAAGCAAGGGGUCAAUUCUCGGCGGGGUUUCAGGAGCAGCUCUGAUGGGCACUGCUUACUAUCUGAUGCAAACACCAGAGACAAAAGCUAUUGGUGAUGCCCUUGGGUUCGGAUCAGCAUUCCUUUUCGCUUCGGUAUUUGGUAUACGAUUAGCCGCUACCCGGAAACUGGCUCCUGCAGGCCCUCUGUUAGCUCUUUCUCUUAGUGCGUUGGCUGUGUUUAUAUCAGCAUAUCUACAAGAUAGUCACUAAUCCUAAUGUUACUUAGAAAUGGUGUACCUCGUGUUAAUGUGAUGAGGACUUGACUUGUAAGGUAUCUUUCGAAUUCAGUUUUGGUGUUCCAACUCUUUUCUCUGUUUUGGGUUUGAAUUCUGA